AUGGCCCCCAAGGAUAAAUACACCGAUCCCAAGCUCCGGAAUGAAGUGAAAGAAGAAAUCCAUAAAGGCGACAAAGGCGGAAAGCCUGGCCAAUGGUCCGCACGCAAGGCACAAAUGAUGGCCUCGGAGUACAAGAAGCGAGGAGGGAGUUACAACACCUCCAAAGAUGAUCAAAGUGAAACACAGAAACAUUUAGAUCAAUGGACGAAAGAGGACUGGCAGACCAAAGAAGGAUCCGGUACAGCGAAAAAGAACGAUGGUACACGCAAGAGAUAUUUGCCCAAGGAGGCAUGGGAACAUAUGAGUGAUGACGAGAAGGAGGAAACCGAGGAUAAAAAGGUGAAAGAGUCCAAAAAAGGGAAACAAUUCGUUGGGAAUACUACCAAAGCAAAGUCCGCUAGAAAAAAUGCGAGUCGCAAUUCAGUUGACUCUUCGAACGAGCAUUCCAAGGACGACAAUGAAGAAGGGAACGAGAAGCAGAAGGGAGUUCAAACUCGGCAAUCUGGCAGGCUGCGGGAUAAGGCGAAUGGCGACAAAAAUGGCACAGUGAAAGAUUCUAGCCCCUCCAAGAGCAAGAAGAGAACUGCAAAGCAGUCAGCGAGUCCGAACAAGAAGAAAAAGAAGGCGGAGUCGGAGGGGAAGGAAGAUGAAGAGGGAAAGGUAAAUGGAAAGGGCAAAGAAGAGGAACAUGGAGAGGAACAUGAACAGGAAGAGAAAGAAUAA